AUGGGGAAUUGUCUUUCUGAUUCUGCCUUAUUCAUAGACGAUGAAAAAAAUUCAACAAUUUCGACAAAAUCUUCAUUUUUUUUCAGAAAUAAUAGCCUUAGCGGUAGCAGUAAAAGUAUUAGCGAUAAUGGUAACAGGAAUAAUAAGAAUGGAUUUUUCAGGAAGAAUAGCAACAGCAAUUUAUCAAACUUACGUAAAUGCACAAGAAUAUCUUUAGAUAGCGAAAACUUAGAGGCCCAAAGGGUAAAACCAUUGUCAUCGCUUAUUAAUUUAUUAUGGGGAAAUGAUUUUUCGUCUCCUGUUGAAUAUAAAUUAAAAUCCGGAAAUUUUAAAGUGCUUGAUGUUGGAUGCGGAACUGUGACAAAACCUUUAGGUUACCUAGAAUUAAUGGAAACCGAUUUAACCUCUUACAGCCAAGGACCAAUAACAAAAAAAUUAUGCGAUGCAUUUGUCGCAUCGAUGCACGCAAAAGGCUUUAGUCCAAUGAUUGAAUCAACGCUCACAAGAAUACUUUCUUCAGAUCCAAAUGUCAUAAAUUUACAAAUUCAUUCCAAAAAAAUUCCAUUGGGUUAUUGGAGUGAAAUAAAGAAUUAUGAUAAUUGUUUGGAAUUGUUUAAACUUUACAAGAAAUGUAGUUUGGAAUAUACGAGUGCCACGUCUGAAGAUUUCGAUAAAAUGAUCGAGAUUUAUCUAGAAGAAAUAGAGGAUUACAAAACUUAUUCAAAAACGCAUCGUUUCUUUGGAACUCAUGAUUUUGGUGGAGAUACUUUGGUCGUUUAUCGGAAGGAAUUUCCUUUUGAACCCGAUCCUCUUGAACCACAGAAUUUCCGAAUUUGUAUAUCUGAACUUAAUAUAGACACUAGCACACACCAAGGAAAUUGA